CGGCCCAAGGUUUCCUCGUCUCACACAGCAUCUCAUCCAGCAGUACCACAGAACUUGAACUCGAAUCCAGCUGAACAAUUUCUUGAGCUUCGAGAGAGAGAGAGAGAGAGAGAGAGAGAGAGAGAGAGAGAGAGAGGUUGAAGAAGGAAGGAGAGCGGGAUGGGCAUCGUGGACGUGGUGUCGGAGUACUGCUCGCUGCCGCGGAGUCGGCGGCACAUGAAGAGGCGGAAGCAGUUCCAGACGGUGGAGAUGAAGGUGCGGAUCGACUGCGAGGGCUGCGAGCGCAAGGUCAAGAAGGCCCUCGACGACAUGAAAGGCGUGAGCUCGGUGGAGGUGAUCCCGAAGCAGAACAAGGUGACGGUGACGGGGUACGUGGACCCGGCCAAGGUGAUGCGGCGGGUGGCAUACAAGACCGGCAAGCGGGUGGAGCCGUGGCCCUACGUCCCCUACGACGUGGUGGCGCACCCCUACGCCCCGGGCGCCUACGACAAGCGCGCCCCCGCCGGCUACGUCCGCAACGUCAUGAGCGACCCCUCCGCCGCGCCGCUCGCCAGGGCCUCCUCCACCGAGGCCAGGUACACCGCCGCCUUCAGCGACGAGAACCCCAACGCCUGCUCCGUCAUGUAGUAGUACUAGUACUCUUUGUAAUUGUAAGACCCCGGCCGGCCGGGUAGCCGUCGGCGACCUUCUCUAGCUUCCCUGCUCUGCUUUGCUCCUCCGGGGUGGCGGCGUUGGGAUCUCUAGAUGGUCUCUGCUGGUGUUUUCUUCUACUUUUGAAACUAGACUAGAAGAUGAAGAUGGGUCUGUAUUCUUGCUUCGGUUUGGUGUAAGAUAUGUUGGGUUCGGUGAGGAGGAAGCUCCAUCGAUCUCCUUGUUUAUGCGCAAUGUUCCCAAUCAGAUCGAUGAGCGUUGCAUGAUUGA